UAAAAAUGUUUGUUUAUGCGGCACCAAAAUAAAAAAACCUUCCCCAAAGUUGUUGGUCUGGAAGUAACUUAAAACUUAAUUUAACUUAAUAUUUAACUUAAUUUACUAAAGCAUGACAGAAAAAAAGAGAUUCGUGUGCAUUAAUUGUGGGCACAGAGUCAAGGAACUUUUUAAGAAAUACAGCAAUACUCUGAAAACCACCCAAUGCGAUAAGUGUCAGCAAAUCACAGAUAAAUACAUCGAGUUCGAGGAGUUCAUAAUAUUAAUAGAUGCACUUCUGUUGGAUUCAUGCGCCUUCCGCCACAUAAUAUACAAUGGAGACUUUAAGCUUUAUUGGAAGGUUUCUUUGGUGGUGCUGCUCCUGGAAUCCUUCGCGCUGUGCCGCCAAAAGCUCCCUGAUCCUCCGAAUGCCUCAUUACACGUCCAUGAAAAGGGUUUCUAUACAUAUACGCUUCAAAAUAUGGGAGAUUACCUGCUUAUGACGUUACUGCUGCUUAUAAUUACAGCCACACUUAGUGUCGAUUGGAUUCAGAAAACGGGACUUCGCAGGUUUACUUUAAUUAUCUUCAAAGUGGUGCUGAUCUCCAACCUGUCCAAGUUCUUCCUCCUGCCCAUUUUGGUCUGGCGCAAUAAUACAACCGUUUUUGGUAGAAGUUUGCAUCAUGCUCUGGUCAUGGGCCAUCACCUCUGCUCACUGGUCCUCGCAUAUGAAGCUGUUGGAGCGCACAGGAAGAACCUUCGGUGGUGGGCUCUGGCACUGGUUGUCCUGGCUUUCGCCUUCAAGGAAACUGCUAGGCAGUUUGUGUCUCUUGUGGUGGAAACGAAUUUUACUUAA